AUUAAACUCCAAACCAAACUUUCACUCCUAUCUAACUCCACAUUUCACACCGUGACAGACGCAUUUGGUUUCUCCUGCGGCUUUUACUCCUCAUAUCCCUCCCAAAGUCAUCGGCCGAGAAAUGGAGGAAGCGAGCAAUGAACCGAACAUGGCCGCCAUUGCUGAAAAACCUUCAUCAGACUCAAUCUCAACUUCACCAAUACCUCAAACUCUAUCAAAAACUGCCCAGAAGAAGCUAAUGAAGCAACAAAGAUUCGAAGCGAAGAAGGCUGAGAAGAAGGCUCAAGCCAAGGAGCAUAAGAGACGAGAGAAAGAGCGCAAACAGAAAGAAUGGGAGGAAAUGUUGUCUAAAGUAUCAUCUGAAGAAGAAAAACUGAAGAUAAUAGAGACUAGAAGGGCGGUGAGAAAGGAGAGAAUGGAGAAAAGAUCGGAGGAGAAAGGGCAGAAAUUGGAAAGACUUUCUUGGGCUAAACUUCAUGGUCAGAAAAUUGUUAUUGAUCUUGAAUUUUCUCAUCUUAUGACACCCAAUGAACUCCAUAGUCUUGUUCAACAGAUAAUGUAUUGCUAUGCGGUUAAUGGUAGGUGCACAUCUCCAAGCCAUCUGUGGUUGACUGGAUGUGAGGGUAUCAUGGGAACACACUUGAAAAGAAUUCCAGGUUUUGAUAAGUGGAUCAUUGAGAAAGAAAACCAAUCUUAUAUUGAAGCUUUUCAUGAUCAGAAAGAGAAUCUGGUUUAUUUAACUGCUGAUGCUGAAACAGUUUUGGAUGAUUUAGACCCCAAGAAAAUAUAUAUAAUUGGUGGUUUGGUUGAUCGAAAUCGGUGGAAAGGACUAACUAUGAAGAAAGCUGAAGAGCAAGGUAUCCAAGCAGCAAAGCUACCUAUUGGGACUUACUUGAAGAUGUCGAGUUCACAGGUACUUACUGUAAACCAAGUGGUCGAGAUACUUCUGAAGUACUUGGAGAUAAGAGAUUGGAAGACAUCUUUCUUUCAGGUGAUUCCUCAGCGAAAACGAUAUGAAGCAGACACAGAUGAUCAAGAUAAAGAAUUGGAACACGAAGGGGGAACCGAAAAUGAUAGUUGUGCUGAUAGUCAAAAGAAACUGAAAUUAUCUGAUAUAGAACUGGAGCCAAGUGAAAGUGAUAGACUUGGUGAAGUUUCAGAACCAGAAGCAACUGAGAAAGCAGUAGAAUGUGAUAAAAGUGAAGACGAUAAGAAUUGAUAGGAUGUGCUGCUUUCACUGUUCUUAGAGGUAUUUUACAUAACUCCCACUUUCUGCGUUUUGGUGGCUUCUUUUAUGUGUGCCUCACUGGAUCAACAGGAUGUGAUAAAUUACCUUAGUUGACGCCUAUUAAUUGGGCGAUUUUUGUUUUCUUUGCUGGGAUAAGCAUCCAUAGGCCAUUGUAGUAUUGCUUGUUUGAAAUUGUUUGAAAUGCAUAAUUAGUAUUUUGUUAUCAUAGUUUUCAAGUAAUGGUAUUAGUAGACAAAGUUCUUAUGAUCAGUGAUCUUGUCACAAGUGUUCAUAGUAUUAACAUGAAUUAUUCUUAAUGGACUUUUUUCCAUUGAGAGUUUAAAACUGACGCAUAUACUAGAUUUUAAUCUUAUGGCUAACUAAAUAGCUGUGCAAUUAUAGUCAGAGUUGUGCAAACUUGGGCACAUGAGGUGUCCAAGGAUAAUGCUGUGUUCAGAAAUAGAUUUCUAUAUGAUCUUAAGCAAGUCUUCUCUAUAUAGGUCCAAUAAAUGGCCGUGUAGGGGUGAAUGCGGAUCAGAUCAUAUGCGGGGUGUGUUGAUUGCGGGCCGGUAGGUGAGAGGCGGGUCACAGGUCAUGCAGGUUGUGGGGCGGGUCACGUACCUUUACUUUAAAGGGGGUCAUUGACUGGCCUUUCAUUGUAGUAGCAAUUUUACACUAGCAGAUUCAAAUAUAUGGAGUAAAUUAUAAUCGUAAGAAUGAAAUUCCUCCUAAUUUACAUAGCUGGAAUGAAAUUUCACUAUAGUUGCAGACCUAUGUCCCUAAACUACAAAAUAAAAAAAAGUUCCCAAACUACAGUGGAAGGAUUCUAACUUAAACACCAAAGAAUCAAGCUAAAGCUUAUACUUCAGUGGUUGUUUUUUAAAUAGGCUUGAAUUUAUUUAAAGAGAAGCUUUUGUCUUGUGUGCUAUUGAUGACACUACUUGAUGAGUAUGAAUUGCCAGGCUUGUCUUUGUGAUUCCUUCCUCUUCCAUUGCUAUAUCUUGUUUGAUGAAUUUGGUCAUAUAGACACGAAGGUUCUUGUCGACACAACAAAAGAAAGUCUGGAAAUAAAGGUUGCAUUUUCCAAAUCAUUUGGGUUUGAUCAUCAGAAUUUAUUAAUCAUUUUUGCUCCAAAAAAAAAUUACGAAAUCAUUUUGCUGAUAAUUGAGUGUUUUUGAUGGAACAGGAGUAUUCAAAUUCAUUGCAUUUGGCGGAAUUUAUUCCCCAAUAUUGAUGAAAACAUUGAUGUUUUGGCCGUUAAUGGGCAUAUUUUUGACCCACUUAAAAUCCAAUAACAACCCACCCCACUAAUGACCCGUUUAACAUGACCAAUGGACCGACCCCCCUUAGCUAGUGACUAACGAACAGCACAAUCCAUGGAGUGGGUAAAAUAAGGUCAUCAACUUGUCAAGUACAUAUGAUUUUUCAGUAAUGGUAAGUCCGUUCCAAGUUUCUAUAUUUCAGCUUGUAUGCCUUAUGUAAAUUACAACAAAGUUCACUACUCCUUGAUAUUUUUGCUUGAAUUAGCUCAGAAUAAAGGGAAUAAUAUCCUUUAAAAUUUUAAAAUAUCUCGGAGAAAAUACUUUAAGAUAAAUUUUGUUGAAAAAUUACACUUCAUUUUAUUUUUUUUAUAGAUUAAAUUUUUUAUAUUUGCACGAGUUGUCAUAUUGAAGCUGCAAUUUGCUAAAUUGUAAACAUUUGGGGUUGAUUUGCGCAUUAAUUUAAAUCUUUAGGGUUAAUUUGACCACUUGGCAAUCCUAUUACUUAAGUAUAGAGCAUAGACGAAAAGGACCAUGUGAAUAGCAGUAGCAUACAGAAGAAAAGGAAAGUAGAAAGAAGCUGAAUAUUAUGAGGAAGCUGCACAUGUACAGUAAUAACACACACAUGCAUUGUUAGAAGGAAAUAUGGUUACCCUGUUUCAAUAUCCUUCAGUGAGCCCAUGAGGAAAUAUAGUUGCAAGCAUUAGUCAGUUAGCUCAUUUCUUGACUUUUGGGUUCACGGAUUUAUUUAUUAUUAAUUUUUUGGUGUAUAUUUGCAAUCAAGAAUCAAUUAGUAGCCUCUUUGUUAUUACAAGAAUAAACCUGCGUGCAUCCAGCCGUCUGAAACCUUGUCUAGGUGAGAAUUUAGGUGGAAGUCAUUAAACCGGGGUAAUAGAAUGUUGUUGUCAUUGAUGAUGGU